AAAAAUAUAAUAAUGUAACCUAAUGAUUGCGGGCUGUCAAUUCUCAACGUAAUUCUCAUUCUCUCAAUUCCCUUUAUGUAUAGUUUAGUUUACUGUCAUUUUGCCUUUGCCAAAUUUUACCGCCCAGCUAGAUUCCAUUGUGACCAAUUUCUCCCACGGUGAAUGGAAUGUAAAAGGUCAAUCUUCGACGGCCCCAAAAUGAUUUGAUGGCUUAAGGGAAGAACUCUAAUAAACUGUACAAACAGCCUUGAUGGAAGAAACACGAUCAUUAUGACCAAAAACCACGGAUCUAUUUUAUAUUCAGCUAAUUGAUAUAAAAACAUGCAGCAGUUUAUCGUCUUUUGCCGCACCUUCAGAAUCACAACAAUUUUGGUUCUUUGCCACUCAGGCCGCACUAAGAAAAAUGUGUCCGUUGCGCGUUCCGUUAUUUUUUUAAAUUUAUUAUUACUUUUUUUGCACACAGAGCCAACACAAAAUAAAUCCCCAAAAAUUACCUGCUUUGUGAAAAGUUCUAGAUAUUUUUAGAAAGGCCAAGCAAAGGCACAGGACUGAGGGCUAAUGCUCGAAAAGGUAAGCGCGACUACUUUAUUUUCACGAGGUGUAUAUGCAUACCGCUUCAACCUUGUAUUGAUUUAUUUCACAGUUCAUAUUUCUUUGCAGGUUUUGUGGUGCGACACAUGGAUUCAUAAUGACACUAGGUUUCUUUAUUCUAGUAAUUUUUUUUUUAAAUAAAUAUAUAUUGCCUACUUUUAUAAAUUUGAUGUUAAGAACUAAUUGAUACUAGAGCGAUGAGAUCUACCGGUGGUUUAAUUAAUUGCCCCAUGUAUUAAACAGCAGCAAAUGAUAAAAAAAAACCAGCAAGACUCAUGCAACCACUUUCCUGAUGCAACAAAACAAAUACCCAAAUUCCGAGAUAUUCUGGGUCUCCCCAAGGGUCACUCCAGAAACCAAAGAAAGAAAAAGAUAUUUCUAAUACGCAGUUCAUAAACAAUCUAACAAUGCGCAAUUACCUUACGUGGAUUAUUGGAGCCGUAGUGGAACUGGGAGCAAAUUCAUAUCAAGCGAGUAAUUAUUCACUUGAGGCAUUAAACGGGAAAUGAAAAAGCACUGAAUCGUGGAGAGUGGAAGCGUUGUUUGGACUUUAAAUCUACUGCUUUUAUCAACGCUCGCAGUCUUUCAAAUGGCCUCAGACUUUCCUUGAUACGAGGAUCUCUAUUUGUUUAACGGUCCCUUGUAUUUGUUUUAUGGUUUAUUAGCUAGUAGAGGAAUAUUUUGGAUAUUAUCACAAGAUUACCAAUGGACCGAAUGGUGCUGCCUCUGCUGGCUUUCGUGAUUCUAUGUUUCUCACAAGGGGCCUUUCUAAAGGCCUUGGAUACUGAAAUUUACAAAGAACUAAGAGAAGAAAUUCUUAAAGAAGAUCAUACAAAAAGUGAACAAGAAUCAGGUCUAUUUGAGGGGGAUAUUGAAAUUGACGCGAGCACUCGGCAUGCACUGACUCAUGGGGGAAGCAUUGACGUACGAGACGCAUUGCGUAGACCAAUCUACCGCUGGCCAAAUGGAAAACUUUAUUACAAGUUCGACGAGCUCUUGGGUAGGAGAGUCCGCCGCCAGAUCCACCAGGCUAUAGAACACAUCAAGCUGCAUACUUGCAUUCGCUUCCAGGAAGUAGACGAUUCAUACAAAAACAACUAUGUCAAGUUCUACCAGGGAAGUGGCUGUUCCUCCAGAGUUGGCCGAGACUGGGUGCACAAGGAGCAGAAGAUAUCUAUUGGGCGUGGCUGUACACGACUUGGGACCAUCGCCCAUGAGAUCAUGCACUCGCUCGGAUUCUUUCACGAGCAGUCAAGACAAGACCGGGACAAAUUCAUCAAAAUCUUGUGGAGUAACAUUGGUAGAAAUCAUCGCCACAACUUCAACAAGUACCCAGCCAAUCUCGGUACAACCCUGGGCAAGCCGUACGACUACCAUAGCGUCAUGCACUACUCUCGAUACGCAUUCUCAAAUGACGAUGAACCCACCAUCGUGACGAAGAAAAGGAGAGUGCUGAUCGGUCAACGCAUUGGACUCAGCAAAUGGGACGUCUACCAGAUCAACAAGCUCUAUGGAUGCAAAGAGCAUAAAUCAGACGAAGUAGAACCAUUUCUGUGUCUUGCCUUACUGCACAAACGUGGAAGGUGCACAGAGAAGAUGAAUAGGCUGUGUUCUAGGACAUGUAGUAAGAGUGAUCUGGUCACCCGAGCAAGCCUGAGUGCCGAUGUGCCUGAUGAUGUCGUGUUCAAGGACUUCAGUUCUGCUAAUACACAAGACUAAGCACCCCACAGAGGGAAAUCAGCAAUUUGACACCAGAUAAAUGACACGCGAGGAAUAAAGUCAGAUUACUUCGGGAGAGGGAUUUAUUAUUAGGGUGUCUUAAAUAAAUUCUAGAAAUAAUAAAUCUGACCUUGCAUUGGUAAAAA